GUAGUCCAAGUCAGUAUCAUAACUUUGACAAAGCUUGAAGAAUAAGGAAAUAAAUACAGUAUUAUAGUACAACACUUAAGAAACUGCUACGCUGAGUAAAGAUAUUAAACGGUGUUUUGCAAUCAACAAUUACAACUGCUAAAGAUGGGUUUAUUUCUUUCUAAACUGAGUCAAUUGUUCGAAGAAUGGGGCACAACCCAAGCAAGGAUUUUAAUGCUUGGCUUAGAUGCAGCAGGUAAAACUACAGUUCUUUACAAACUGAAAUUGAAUGAAACAGUUUCCACCAUCCCGACAAUAGGAUUUAACGUAGAAACUGUGUCACCGGUGAAGGGCCUCACUUUCACUGUUUGGGAUGUAGGCGGACAGGACAAAAUCCGACAGUUGUGGAGACACUACUUCCAAAACACGGAAGGACUUAUUUAUGUUGUUGACAGCGCAGAUCAAUCACGGAUGGCUGAGGCCAGAGAGGAACUUAUGGGUAUCCUGGACAGUGAGGAGAUGAGAGGGGUUCCAUUGUGCAUUCUUGCCAACAAACAAGAUUUGCCAAAUGCGAUGAGCUCAUCGAAAAUAGUUGAACAACUAGGUUUGAACAAGCUUGUUGGCCGGAAGUGGUAUGUCCAGGCUGCGUGCGCAACUACCGGUGAAGGUGUUUACGAAGGAAUGCAUCAGCUUGCUUCUAUGGUGAAACAGUUUAAGAAAGAAGGACACAGACCUUAUUGAAAACAAACGAAUGAAAAUCAAACUUUAAUACAUAACACUGCUAUAUAUCAUGGGUUUUCGUGUAAACGGGUUUAAAACAGGAUACUUACAUGUUACCUGUAAACAUUGCGACGAACGAAUUUCGUCUGACAUGAAAUAGUCUGAAGAUGUCAGACAUCAUUAUUGUGUCAUAACUCACAUAAUUAUAAGGAAUGAAAUACUCGGGUAUGUGCAAUUCUAUCUGUUCUAAGAUGAAAGCAUCGCACAUAGACGUCAGUCGUGUGAUCCAGUGUGUGAUAGUGACGGUAAGUGGAGUAAUACAUCCACGGAAGAAUAGACGCACCGUUUCAAGACUUGUAGAAAUACCUCAUCGGUUACCAAUAAUCAUCUUAUCCGAACAUUUACGGAAAUGACCGAGAAGUUGGGAUAGUUUUAUGGCCGCAUUUAUCAGUUCAUUAUUGUCCGGACUUGUACAUAUGUAAAUAUCAUUAUUGUUUUGUGUGUAUAUGUUGUGUAUUUCUUUAAGAUCUGUGAUCAAAUUGUUUUUAUAUUGUUUUGAAUUUACAAAUUUAUAAAUAAAAGAUAAAUU